GGCAGAUCACAUGUGCACUCAGCUGACACCACAGCUAACAAAAUCCGUGUGCGACCUUGUCUGGUGCUCUGGAGGAGGGAAGAAGCCUACAGGGACCCAUCAAUCUACUGAUAGCAGCAAGGACAGACAGCAUGAGCACAGCUGGAAAAGUAAUCAAGUGCAAAGCAGCUGUGCUAUGGGAGACUCACAAGCCCUUCUCCAUCGAGGACAUAGAAGUCGCACCCCCCAAGGCCCACGAAGUUCGCAUUAAGAUGGUGGCCACGGGCGUCUGCCGUUCAGAUGAUCAUGUGGUUAGUGGAAGCAUGGUUUCACCUUUCCCUGUAGUUGUAGGCCACGAGGGAGCCGGUAUUGUGGAGAGCGUUGGAGAAGGAGUGACUUCUGUAAAACCAGGUGAUAAAGUCAUCCCGCUCUUCUCUCCCCAGUGUGGAAAAUGCAGGGUUUGCAAGCACCCAGAAAACAACUUGUGUAUAAAAAAUGAUUUGAUAAAACCUCGGGGGACUCUGCUGGAUGGCACCUGCAGGUUCACCUGCAGGGGGAAGCCAAUUCACAACUUCCUGGGCACCAGCACGUUCUCCCAGUACACUGUGGUAGAUGAGAUAGCGGUGGCUAAAAUCGAUGGAGCGUCACCACUCGAGAAAGUCUGCCUCAUCGGCUGCGGGUUCACAACUGGCUAUGGCUCUGCUGUCAAAGUUGCCAAGGUGACCCCAGGCUCCAGCUGUGCUGUGUUUGGUCUUGGAGGUGUUGGUCUGUCUGUCGUCAUCGGCUGUAAAACAGCUGGAGCAUCCAGGAUCAUUGCUGUGGACAUCAACAAAGACAAGUUUGCAAAGGCCAAAGAAUUGGGUGCAACCGAGUGCAUCAACCCUCUAGACUACAACAAACCCAUUGAGGAGGUUCUCCAGGAAAUGACCGAUGGAGGAGUAGACUUUUCCUUUGAAGUAAUCGGUCGGCUUGACACCAUGAAUUCUGCCCUGGUAAGCUGCCAUGCAGCAUGUGGUGUAAGUGUCAUUGUGGGGGUGCCUCCUAAUGCAAAAAACCUCUCAGUGAACCCCAUGUUGCUGUUGCUGGGUCGUACCUGGAAAGGAGCAAUAUUUGGUGGGUACAAGAGUAAAGAUGAAGUCCCCAGACUUGUGACUGAUUUUAUGGCUGAGAAGUUUCCAUUGGAGCCAUUAAUUACUCAUGUUUUACCUUUUGAGGAAAUAAAUGAAGGAUUUGAUCUGCUUCGCACUGGAAAGAGCUGAGAUGUGUACCUGCAGGAUCACCCUGGGUAGACAAACGUCACCCACAUCCAAAGCCGAUGGACAAGCUCUAUGAAAAGCAGGGCAGACCAGUUACUACGUCUUCCUUGACAGAAAGCUCUGAGCUUACAGAACUGAACUUGAUGCUGCUUCACUACCACCAGCUGUAUGGCUGUUGCCUAUCUUAGUGCUAUCACCGAAAAGCACAACACAAUAAAACACUUAACUAAA